UAUCUGUCUGCUUUUGAUGAAGAGACCACAGAAGUUUGUUCUCUUGGCUCUCCUCCUCGUCCUCUUGCUCUCCCUCUGGUAGAGGAAGAGGAAGCAGUUUCUGAACCAGAGCCUGAGGGGUUGUCAGAGGCCUGUGAGGACUUGGAGUUAGCAGAAGACAAUCUUGGAGAGGGGACCAUUUGUACCGAGUCCAGCCAGCAGGAACGCGUCACCAAGCCAAGCAUCACACACCUGAGCAGCUCUCCUUGUUACUACUUUUACCAAGCGGAGGAUGGGCAGCACAUGUUCCUGCACCCCGUGAAUGUGCGCUGCCUCGUGCGGGAGUAUGGCAGCCUGGAACAGAGCCCUGAGAAGAUCUCAGCCACGGUGGUGGAGAUCGCUGGGUAUUCCAUGUCUGAGGAUGUGCGACAGCGUCAUAGAUACCUCUCUCACUUGCCGCUCACCUGCGAGUUCAGCAUCUGUGAACUGGCUCUGCAGCCUCCUCUGGUCUCUAAGGAAACCCUAGGGAUAUUCUCAGAUGAUAUUGAGAAGAGGAAGCGGCAGCGCCAGAAGAAGGCCCGGGAGGAACGUCGCCGAGAGCGCCGGAUUGAGAUGGAGGAGAACAAGAAGCAGGGCAAGUACCCAGAAGUCCACAUUCCCUUAGAGAAUCUACAGCAGUUUCCUGCCUUCAAUUCCUAUACCUGCUCCUCUGAUUCUGCUUUGGGUCCCACCAGCACCGAGGGCCAUGGGGCUCUCUCCCUUUCUUCUCUUAGCAGAAGUCCAGGUUCCCAAGCAGACUUCCUGCUGACCCCUCUGUCACCCACGGCCAGUCAGGGCAGUUCUUCAUUCUGCGUUGGGAGUCUGGAAGAAGACUCUCCCUUCCCUUCCUUUGCCCAGAUGCUGAGAAUUGGAAAAGCAAAAGCAGAUGUGUGGCCCAAAACUGCUCCAAAGAAAGGUGAAAACAGCUUAGGUCCUCCUGCCCCUGUGGACAGCGAUGGGGAGAGUGAUAACUCAGACCGUGUUCCUGUGCCCAGUUUCCAGAAUUCCUUCAGCCAAGCUAUUGAAGCAGCCUUCAUGAAACUGGACACGCCAGCUACUUCAGAUCCCCUCUCUGAAGAGAAAGGAGGAAAGAAAAGAAAAAAACAGAAACAGAAGCUCCUGUUCAGCACCUCAGUCGUCCACACCAAGUGA